AUGGCCUGCGACGACGCCGGCCACGACUACAAAGAAGCAGUGAAAAAGGCCCUCGAAAGCAACCCGCUGGUGGACUCCAUCAUCGACGUCGGCGUCGACUCGCCCGCCGACAAGACCGCCUACCCGCACCCGGCCGUCAAGGCCGCGCUGCUGGUCCGCGACGGCCAGGCCGAUCGCGCGCUGCUGAUCUGCGGGACGGGCAUGGGCGUCAGUAUCGCCGCGAACAAAGUGCCAGGAAUCCGGGCGGUGACGGCCCACGAUCCGUUCAGCGUGGAGCGCGCCAUUCUCAGCAACAACGCACAGGUGCUGUGCUUCGGACAGCGUGUGAUUGGGGUUGAGCUGGCCAAGAAGCUGGCCGCGGAAUGGGUGCAGUAUCGGUUCGAUCCGAAGAGCGCGAGCGCCGAGAAGAUUGCGAUGAUUCAUGAUUAUGAGAGGACGCUUGCUGCGGGUGGUGGGCAAUAA